AUGCUCCCGCCGGAGGAGACCCGGGAGACUCGGGGGGUCCAGGCUCCCGCCGUGUACGAGUAUGCUCCCUUCCGAGACGACUUCUCGGUGCGCAUCCUCACCUUGGAGCCGGGCUCGGCCGACGAGCCGUUGGUUGGCCGCCUCACUGUCGAGAAUCUCGACUUCAACCCCCGCUACGAGGCCAUCUCCUAUGUCUGGGGCACCGAGGGCCGCUGCUCCGAGAUGCUUUGCGAUGGAAGCCCGCUCCCGCUGACGAGGAGCGUCGAGGCUGCGCUGCGGCGCAUGCGGCACGCGACGCUGCCUCGGCGGCUGUGGGCCGACCAGGUGUGCAUUAACCAGGACGACAUUGCAGAGCGCAGCCGCCAGGUCAGCCUGAUGAACGCCAUCUACAAGGGCGCCGAGCACAUCUUGGUCUGGCUGGGCCAUGAUGACGAGGACGUUGCGGAAGAUGCCGUCCGCAUGAUCCAUCACUUGCGGGAUGUGUUUGAGGACGAGGAGAAGCACGACGCCUUCAGGUUGGCCCACUCGGAAGAGCUUCUGCAGCAGGACGGGGAUUUAUGGGUUCCGCUUUCCAAGUUGACCAAGCUGCAGUGGUUCAACCGCAUCUGGAUUGUCCAAGAGAUUGGCACGACGACGGCGGCAACACUGUACUGGGGCGACGCCGAGCUGGACUGGGAUGUCCUCUCGCUCGUGGCUGGAGUUCUCAACCAGCACUACCACUACUUGCGGUCCCGAUUCUCCAUCCUCACUCCAAAUAUCCGCUAUCUGCACCGGCGGUUCGUCGAGCCUGACGAGGAGGACCAGGAUGAGAUCAACCAGAACCGCUCCAGCUUCAUCUACCAACUCCAUCGUGCGCGGCAUCUGCGGGCGAAGGACCCUCGUGACCAUGUCUAUGCAUUCCUCGGUCACUUUUCUAUCCACACGGGGGGCAAGUCACUCGCGAAACUCAAGGCGGAUUAUAGUCGACCCAUUGAGGACAUCUUCUACGACGUUGCCGCUCGAGAGCUCACGGAUGGAGAAUCACUACUCAUACUAUCUGCGUGCCGCGCUUCACCAUCUGGACCUAACAAAAAGGCCACCCUCAAUCCAAGCCUGCCAUCGUGGGUUCCGGACUGGCGCAUCGUUCCAAUGCAUCUCCUCGCUUCGCCCAUAACCCCCCAUCGGGCAUCCGGAGACACCCAACCCAAGCUCUGGAUCGAUGACACAAAGCGGGCACUGAAGGUUCGCGGGGUGCAAAUCGAUAAAAUUGCCCGUCUAUCGUGGACCUUGUUCGGCAAGGCUUUCCAGUUCCGCCGUAGCAAUGUUAGGAGGCUCCCCGUCCAGGUUUUGUGGCAGGACAUCUGCCGGCACAAGCGCUUCACCCUCAAGCAACCAUACCCCACUGGCGGCUCGGCCUUCUUUGCGUUUAUGCAGACGCUCACGAACGCGUCCAUCGUGGCAGACCUCUCGCGGCCCUACGAGAGCAUCCCCAAGUCGGAGUGGCUAGCCAACGGCGCCGCAUACUUGGUACGCGCCCUGGGCGAUUCGGACCUGGUGGCGCAGGAUGUCCGAAAGGUGGCUUCCGACGGCGAUGCUUUCCGGUGGAGCCACGAGGCGACGCUCGUGGCGCGAUAUCGCAAGUUUGCCGUGACGGACGGCGGACUGUUCCUCAUCGGACCGGAGAUGAUGGAGUGGGGAGAUGUAGUUGCCGUGCUGUACGGCGGGAGGACGCCCGUUGUCCUGCGACAGCGGCCUGAAGGCGAUGGGUGGACGCUGGUGGGAGAGUGCUAUGUACACGGAAUCAUGAACGGAGAGGCAAUGGCAGGCGAUGAAUUGAUAGGGGAGGAGUUUAUUAUUCUGUGA